CCGCACUCCACGCCACGCACCCGCCCCAGCCCAUGCCGUUCCUUCACGUGACGCUGCGCAGCGCAGCGGACCUGCCGUCCAGCGACUUCAGCAUCGUGGGCGGCAAGAGCGACCCGUACGUGGUCCUCAAGCUCAACGGCACCAAGCACCGCAGCCCGUGCAUCAAGAACAGCCUCAACCCCGUGUGGGACCCGCCCGAGCACUACGUCUUCCCCGUGCCGGACGCCGCCAGCGCCGUGCUCAACGUGGAGGUCUACGACCUGGACACGCUCAACCCGGACGACCUGCUGGGCACGCUCGUGGUGCCCGUGGCCAAGUUCGCGGACGAGAUGGACGUGUCGACGCUCGAGAACUACCCGCUGUCGGUGGCCAGCGAGUUCGCCGGCCAGAAGCGCAACAGCACGCUGCAGCUCGAGAUGUGUCUCAAGCGCGUGGACGACCAGGAGCGGCGCGCGUACGUGUGGGAGAACGAGAGCUGGUCCAUGGGCUCCGGCUGGAAGCCCACCAACACCAAGGAGCGCAAGCAGUGGUCGUCCUACGACGACUCGGCCACGUCAGCCACGUUCAGUGAGGUGGCGCCGCGCGCGCCCGCUAAUAUGACGGGCUCUGGGUGGCAGUAUUGCUCCGGCCGCGGCGACGCGCAGGGCUGGUCGUACGCUAGGACGUUUGCAGGCCCGUGGACGGCGCAGAAGCCGUCGUUUUGCUUCGCGCGGCGCCGCAUGUGGGAGAAUACAUUUACGAGAGACACGAACUCGGGCGCGGCGUUUUGA